GGAGUGGCCGGCGCGGCGGCGCGCGGGGCGGGCUCUCCAGCUCCCUUUGGCGGCGGCGGCUCGCGCCCCAGCGCGCACCCGGGCGUCGCGGAGCCCCCGUCGUUGCGCGCCAGCCUAGGCCCCGGCCGUGCGCGAGGCAAGAUGUUGAGGCGCAGCCUGGAAAGCCGGGACGCUCAAACCAGACAACUGCAAGAUGCUGUCACAAACGUGGAGAAGCAUUUUGGGGAGCUGUGCCAAAUCUUUGCUGCUUACGUGCGGAAAACUGCCAGACUGCGAGACAAAGCAGACCUCCUCGUGAAUGAAAUCAACGUGUAUGCCUCUACGGAGACCCCACAUUUAAAGCAGGGCCUGAAAAACUUUGCUGAUGAGUUUGCCAAACUUCAGGAUUAUCGCCAAGCCGAGGUUGAAAGACUUGAAGCCAAAGUAGUUGAACCUUUGAAAGCUUAUGGAACCAUUGUAAAAAUGAAACGGGAAGACCUCAAAGCAACAUUAACAGCAAGGAAUCGGGAAGCUAAGCAGUUAACUCAGUUAGAAAGAACACGUCAACGAAACCCGUCAGAUCGACAUGUAAUUUCACAGGCAGAAACUGAAUUACAAAGAGCUACAAUGGAUGCUACCCGAACAACUCGUCAUUUGGAGGAAACUAUUGACAAUUUUGAAAAGCAGAAAAUAAAGGAUAUAAAGAAUAUAUUUUCAGAAUUUAUCACAAUCGAAAUGUUAUUUCAUGGCAAAGCUUUAGAGGUCUACACUGCUGCCUACCAAAACAUACAAAAGAUUGACGAGGAUGAAGAUUUAGAGGUUUUCAGAAAUUCUCUGUAUCCACCAGAUUAUUCAUCUCGUUUAGAUAUUGUAAGAGCAAAUUCAAAAUCACCUCUUCAGAGAUCACUGUCAGCUAAGUGUACAUCUGGAACAGGUCAGCUAUCCACCUGCCGACUAAGAAAGGAUCAACAAGUAGAAGAUGAUGAUAAAGAUGAUGAAGACUUAGAUGUCACAGAAGAUGAAAAUCAAUUUUAAGUAAACUUCACAUUUCCAUUUGCAUCUUAAAUGACUUGAAAUUCAGAAUUACCAAUGGUAAUACUUUAUACUCACUUGAUAGGUUCAACCUCAAAAUGAAAUCCUACUAAGAAAUGGAAAAAUAAUUAAAGGAAAUUCAUGCUGACCAAAAAUGAAGGUUUUUAAAAAAUAUUACACACCAGUCAUUUGAGCAUCCUGCCUAGUGUGGUAUGUCAUCUUUUCGUGCUAAGUUCCAUUUUUUUUAAAAAAGAAAAAAGUUUAUUUCAAAGCAUUUUCAAUUAUGCACUAUACCUAGUUGAAGUUGCAACAGUAAAUGGAUAAAAAAACAAAAGAUCUAACAAUUCCUAUUUGUGUCCUUUAGGUUUUGACUCCAUGUUUUUAACACCAGAAAAGGUCUGCUCACAUACAAGUUCUACUCCAUUAAGCCUUAAGAAAAAUUUUUUCUUCUGCUAAAACCUUAUGUUUCAUUAUUUGAUAUAUAAGUUUACCCUCUUCAACAAGAUUAUAAUCAAAUAAAGAUAAUGGGACACUACAAUAGCAGAUUUUGCAUAAUAUAUAGCUAAAAUUUUAGCAUUUUUAGAUAUAUUCCAACUGAUUGUGGUUUUAACAUAAGACUGCUAUCACACUAAAGCAUAUGUGAUACUGUAACUGAGAAGGCAAGUAAUCUGUUGGAAUGUUGCCUCAUCAUCAAACACCAUAAUCAUUAAAAACUCUGUAAAAAUUUUGCCAGGAUACCAUCUACUUAAUAAACCAGUAUAUUUCUAAACACAUAAAAACUGGCUGGGCAUAAUAGCUCAAGCCUGUAAUCCUAGCUACUUGGGAGAUGGAGAUUGGCAGGAUUACAGUCUGGGGCCAGCUGGGACAAAAAGUUCGAGACCCCAUCUCAUUCAAUGGCUGGGCACGUACUUCUCUGUCAUCCCAGCUAUGCAGGAAAGCAGAACUAUGAGGAUCACAGUCCAGGCUGGCCAGAUAUAAAAG